GAGACAAAUCUUUCAGCUUAGAUGCAUCUUUGCUUGUUUAUAAAUCAUGGUUGGGGUUGGGGAUAGUUUUGAGAAAAAUGGGAGUGAAAGAAGCUGCAUAAACAAUCGCUGUCAGCACCUUGUUUACUCAUUUAUUCUCAUUUCUUCAAGUGCCUAAUUAUUUUCCCCAAGUAUUUAAGUUGCCUUAAAUUAUGAGCCGACCCGAGUGACUUUAUUCUAAAUGUCUGAAGGAGACAUUGCUUGUAGCGCAAUUUUUCUCAAAUUCUGGGGAUCGUCAUGACCAGAUAAGUGGUGAAUUUUUAAAAUGGUAUUGAAUCGAAAUGAUAAAAGAAAAAGAAAAGAAGGAGAUCUCGUGGACCUCAUGGAUCCCGUCUCAGAAUCACCGAAAAGGACAAAAGUUCACGCUCAAAGAAAAUUCGCACAAGGAGCACCAACAAAUUACAGUCCGGCGAGUACACCUGUUAAAGAAAAAGAAAAAUCGAAGCCACCUGUUAUCACUGAAUUGAUAACUCAUAAGCGUCCAAACACAGAAGAUUUCCUGACAUUCCUUUGUUUUAGAGGAACUUCAAUACUCCCGCCGAGUUUGAAUUUCUUCAACAUCAGUACAAAGAAAGAAAAAUCAGAGACAAAAUCGACAAAAGCUUCCAGGCCUACUCCUUCCACCUCGAAAGCAACGUCAUCCGAAUCCGGAAAAUCCAACUCGCCUCAAAAGUCAACAAAAUCCAAAAGUAAUGCCCCUCUUAAGAAAGAAUUUCCGAAGGGAAUCCAAAAGACAAUUAAAUUCAAGACAAAGACCUCAACAGCUCAAGCGUUGAAGAAGAAAUAUCUGGAGCAGAGGCUUGCCAAACAACGAAUUAAAAACAACGUCAAAGCAGCCUACGUUAUAAGAACUCGAUCCUCCACAGAACAAAAUGCAGGCAAACCUCUGCCUAAAUUAGCUUCGAGAAAUUUAGUACCAAAAUCCGAAUGUAAACGACGCGGUUUACGAAGUGGUGGUCUCGUCGAGAAAAGUGUCGCUCCUAAAACUGCUGCAAAAAUCAAGCGAUCUCCGAUGAAACCCAAGAAGAGAGUGCUUGCCAAGAGCAAAAGUAACUCUUCUAAUUCAGAGUCUUCCGAUGAUGAGGAGCUGAAAUCUUCCCAAGGGAAGAAAGUAACGAAAUCUCUACCUAAGAAGGUUUGCACGAGGAAUAAAUCGGAUCUGAGAAGAGUGACGAGAUCGUCCGUAGAUACGAAAUCCCCUCAACACCUUUCGCGAAGACCGACGAGAAAGACGAAAGAAGCCGCGGCUGUAUAUAUGGAAAUCUUGGGCCGGAAACUAGUCAGUCCUGAGUUGGAAAACGAUGAGGAUAAUAUUUCCCUUGAUAGCUUUCCAGAAUUGCCAAAUGCUCGCAGGUCUCUGAAGGAGGAGAUUGAGAUUAAGGCGAAAGUGAAACAGAAUGCAAAGUUUGUUGCCAAAGAGAAGGAGAGUAAAGGAAGUUCUGUGAGUAGUAAAAAGGUCGAGAAGAUUGAAAAGAUAGAAAAGGUCGAGAAGAUCGAGAAGCUUCGGGCUGUGAAAACGGUUUUAAAGAGCAAGAGGCUUGUGAAGAUUCACAAGUAUUGUGAACUCGAGUCUGAAGACGAGUCAGAGAGUUCAACCGAUAGUGAGAAAAGUAGCGAAGCCAGGCCGAUUACGAGGAGGAGUUUGAAUAAGGUGAUUAAACCUGCAAAUAGAAGUUUGAGAUCUUCGACGAGGAAUAUUCCAGUGAAGGUGGACGUUCAGAGUGCAGAGGUAAAGAAGGAAGUCAGAAAGGAGAAGAUUGUGGUGAAGAGGAAACGAGAGGUGCUUGAGAAGAAGAAGGAAGAAGGAAAGGAGGAAAGUAAAAAGGAUGAAGAAAAGAACGAGGCAAGAGUUAAGGAAGAGAGCAAAAAAGCUGAGGGUGUUCAGAAAGAUAGUAAAAAGGAGGAUUUGAAAAGUGAUAGCAAAAAGGAAGAAACUACAAAGACUGAUAUUAAAAAGGGAGAAUCCGUAAAUGAAGUGAGUAAAAAGGAUGAUACUAAAAUAGAUGAUACUAAAAAAGAUGAUACUAAAAAGGAGGAAGUAAAAAGGAUUAAAAAGGAGGAAAUGAAGAGAGAAGAAGUUAAAAAGACAGUUAAGAAAGAAGAAUCCAGAACUGAAAGUAAAAGUGAUACUAAAAGUGAAACUAAAAGCGUAACUAAAACUCUAAAUAAGAAAGAUACUAAAACAGAAAGUCCUGAUGAUGUUGAGAAUGUAGAAUCGGACGAGGAAACACUUGGUUCGCUUCUAAUUAAGAUGAAAAAGAAGAAAGAAGCUGAUUCUCUCAAGAAGACUGAGCAAACCAAGAGCAAAGUUAUCAAAGAAGUUAAGGAUCCAAAAAUAUCCGACGAUGAAGAGGCGUUCAGAGGUUUUACAAAAAAGGCAAUUUCGAGUGUUUUGGAUUCGUGUCAGUCUCACGUGAAUGCGAAUCUCCUAAUUUCCGAAGCAGAAAUAAAAUCAUCAGUUGAACCACCAUCCCCUGAACGACUGGAAUCACCUCCCGAGGUCAAGGAUGAUACUCUAAUUAUAGAGCAACCUUCAAUUAUUCCCGUUUUGAAACCUGCUCCUGAAAUUAAAAUCGUGACUCCGAAAGCUGAUUCUUCGAAACAGGAUAAAACGCAUGUUUACAAAUCUGAGGCCGAGGUGAAUAUAAUCGACAUGCCAUCGUCAGCGACUCUUGGACGAAAGGAGAGAGUAAAUAUGUCGACUGAGCAGAUAGAAAAGUGGCUGUGCGAGAGUUCACUUGCGAAAGAGGAGAGCAAAGUUGAAAUGGAAAACGUGACUAAUUUUCAGUACGAGACUGUUGAGAAACCGAAAGUCUCCACGCAUCAUUUAUCCAUUUCCUCGAAGAUUCAACAUUUAGUGAGGCCGGUGAAUGUCACUCUUGCAAAAUUAAAUGAUAAGAAGGGCAAGCCUUCGAAUUUGGUAGUUUUAAGCCCACAAGUGAGUGCAAUUAAACAUCCGGGCUCUUUGCUGGCUGUGAAGAAUAAACCAGUUGAAGUCGAGCCAAAACAGCCAAUUUUGGUAAGCAAACCUCAACCUCCGAAGGUGAGCAAGGAAUCUCCGAACGCAGAAGAUAGUGAUGCGGUUUCGAAAUCGGAUCAAAAUUCUCUCGACGGUUCCCCGGAUAAGAAGAACCUUGAAAAGAAAAUUCUCUCCCAACCGAGGAAAUUAUUUCUACCAAAGGUAAAGGAGAGGAAGAUCGCAGCUCCGAGUGCGAAUGCUUUUUCCCCGGAAAAUGAAAGUAGUGUUUAUGCAUUUGAAAGUGAUACGGAAGUUCCGGUAAGUACCCCGUUCAGGAGAAAAAGCAAACCAGCUUCACCUUUGAUAAAGGGUCCAGAUGAAAAAAGCAGUAAAGAUAAUCCCAAUAAGGAUAGCAAUGAUACUCAGAGUUCUGAAUUAUCCGGAGGUGAGAAUUUCAAAGUUCCUGAAGCGAAAAAAGAGACGGAAACUCCGAUAAUUUCGACCAAGACGAACACGAUUGAUUUGAAGAAUUUGGCUAACAUGCAAGUUCUUUCUCUGGACAAGCUGACGACUAAUUGGAGCAAUGUUAAUUGCAGUGCGUCUAUUGCUGUCCAGGUGAAUUUAGAUGAACAAAAUCAAGUUCAAAAUUCAGAAGUUGAUGAAAAUGGACAGCUAAAGAGUACGGAAAUAUCGACGCAAACUGAGGGAUCGAAUGACAAUGACGACGAUAAUGAUGGACAGCUAUUUUAUAUUCCUUUGCAAGCGGUCACGAGGAAUGGGUCGGUGCAAGGUCAUCAGCUGAUACAAGGAGUGGCUGUUAAAUUGGGAACGGAGGGACCAACUGGACCGAAUCAGAGAGUUUUGUUAAAGGCGAAACUUGUUACGAAACCACCUUUGAAUGUAGCCAGGGUUCCUCCGGUUGGAACUGUUCAACCGACUGCUAGAGCUCCGCCGAUUGCCUCGACUUCUAGUGCAGAUCAUCCAAUGCCGUCGACUUCAUCGGCAGUUCCUGUAGCCUCGACUUCCGAAAUUCGAGGUGUCGUGGUUCAUAAGGAGGAGAAUUUAAAUCAGGGCGGAAAUGUUCGAAGUAAGGAAACUGCUACGAGUUCAGGUGGAGUUGAAAAGGCUGAAAAGGUUUUGAAGUCUCAGAAGGCAUCCAGGGAGAGGAAGGUUUCUAUCGAUUCCGGAAAACCUACCAAGAGGUCCCAAGGAAAGUCGAAGCAGAAAAUUCUUGAAAUCUGUUCACCAACAAACGCAACAACCUUCCCAGGAACAAAAGAUCCAAACGAAGAGGCUCGUCUCGUAGAAGCUCCGACCUUCCACCCAACCGAGAAAGAUUUUCAGGAUCCUCUCGAGUACAUCGAUAAAAUUCGACCCAUCGCCGAAAAAUUCGGUAUCUGUCGUGUCGUUCCUCCUGGAAACUUCAAACCCGAAUGCAAAGUCUCCGACGAUAUGCGAUUCACAGCUUACAAUCAAUACGUCCAUCGGAUGCUCCACAGAUGGGGACCCAACGUCAAAGAAAUGAUGGCUAUCAGAAAAUACCUAGCCACCCAGAGUAUAACCCUGAAUCAUCCGCCCUGGAUCGGAGGAAUGGAAAUCGACCUUCCCCAUUUGUACCAAACAGUCCAAAGCCUCGGUGGCUUGAAGGAAGUGAUCGAGAAGAAAAAGUGGCAGAAAGUGUCAGAUGGUAUGAAAAUUCCCAGGUCAGCUCAGGAUCGUGUCACCAAGUUGGACGAUAUCUACUGCAAGUAUUUAUUGCCAUAUGAUACACUCUCCCAGGCGGAGCGAGACAAGCUCUUUGAGGAAGUUGAGUCGGAAUGGAAGACCCGGGAAGCCAAAGCAUUGCGGAGAUUGGAAGCUCAGUCGAAUGACAACGAGGAGGAGGAGGAUGAGGACAGUUCUGAUGAAAUUGAAGAGUGUAUUGUCAAGGGAAGAAAUAUGCCUCUGAAUGCCUUCUAUCGAAUCGCCAGGAACACCCAGAGAAUGUGGUUCUCGGAGAAUCAGAGAUCAGGCAAUGAGGCUGAAGGAGCGUCAGCUUCGGAAGUUGAGGCGGCUUUUUGGAAGCAUGUGGCUGAGAAGAAACGACAUGUUUGUGUUCACGCUGCUAGUAUUGAUUCCAGCGGGAGGGGAUUUGGAUUCUCUGUUGCUAAGAAUAGUCCUUGUGCGAGACAUCCUUGGAAUUUAAAGGUUCUGACUAAUAAUGCUGGGUCUGUGCUGCGAGCUAUGGGUCCCUUGAUGGGUGUGACCGUACCGACUCUGCACGUUGGAAUGCUUUUUAGUGCUUGCUGCUGGUAUCGAGAUCCUCAUGGACUUCCCUGGAUCGAAUAUUUGCACACUGGAGCGAAAAAAAUUUGGUACGGGAUUCCUGAUGAGCAUAGCAACAAUUUCAGAAAUGCUCUCUCGAAAAUGGUGCCGCGUUAUUGCAAAAAUAAAAAAAUUUGGCUGCCUUCUGAUACUGCCAUGGUGCCUCCGGAAAUGCUCGUGAAAAACGACGUUCCCUUGUGUCAAACAGUCCAGGAACCUGGACAAUUUAUCGUCGUUUUUCCUAAAGCUUUCACAUCGAGUAUUUGCACUGGUUAUGUCGUUUCAGAAAGCGUCUAUUUUGCACAGUCCUCUUGGCUCGAAACUGCCGAACAAGUUUUUCAGGAUAUACACGACAGUUGCGAACCAUCAAUAUUUUCUUUCGAAAGAUUGCUCUUCAGCCUUAUCAAUGACACAAGAUCUCACGUAGAAAUUCUGAAACAGAUCUUGCCAACAGUGAAGAGAGUCUGUGAAAGGGAAAUUGAUUAUCGCAGACAGUUGAAGAGUCUGGGGCUAACAAAUACGGAAAAAUUGCCAACGCCGGAAAGCGGAAAACGAGGAAAGGGCAAAAAAAUCAAAGAAGAGGAUGGCGAUUUCGAGUGCGAAACUUGCCGGGCUAGUUUGUUUGUUUCUUUGGUUAGCAAUUCACUAGAUGAUGGCAUGUAUUGCCUUCCCCAUGGGAUUCAGCUUUUGACGAGGAAAAAACAUCUCUUGAAAAAUUGCCUUCUAAUGAUCACAUACAGCGAGAGCGACCUGGACGAUUUGAUCCACAAAUUGGAGGACAGAAUCGAAGCAAAAUCGAAGAAAAGUAAUUCUUAUAGACAAAAUAAGUAGGCAACGGCGAACGAUUACAAUUUUCGAGCCCCCCCAUUGAUUUGCCUUGUAUUAAAUGUGAAAUAGCUGUAAAUGGCAUCUUACGGUAAAUUAUUAUUUAUUAUUUUAUGAUGUCCACAUCGACACAUAUUUCCAAGUAGACGAGAAAAGCUCUGCUUAGACUGAAUGAAAAAUUGGAGGGUACCUGCUGAAAAUUUUAAUCAAAUUUACCUCCAUUUUAAAAUUUAAAUUGAGUCAAAAUCCAGGAUAAACGUGAUAGAAAAAUCCAUUAAAGUUUCGUAACUUUCUAGUGACUGAUUUCCAAUUGACUGCGAAAUGAAUUGGACAAUUUUUUGAUUGUAUUGCUUUCAUAUUCGAUUUUUUUGGUUCCUUAUUUUAUUAUCUAUUCGAAUUAAAUUAGAUAGACAAUUAUUGAUUAAUUGGUGCCAAAUGAAAUGUUUGAAUUAUUGAAUCCUAAUCGACGAUUAUACUUUUUUCGAAUACUAGGUAGAUGUAUAUUUUAGAAAGCAUUGUGUAAGUAGAAUUUAAAGAAAGUAGUGGAAGUGCUAAUACAUUUGAAACUUAUAGGUUUCGAUUGAUGUGAGCCUCAAUUUUUUUACAGAUUUCGGAUAAAUCUGUCAAAUUGAAGGUAUUUUUUAAAUGAUUUUUUUUGCGCUUGAAUCAAUGCAAUUUUUCACUAUUUGAAUGAUAAAGUCACUGCGACACUUUUUUGUGUGCACGUUACCAAAGGAUUGUCUUGAUUUUUUCAAAAGACUGUGACGAGAUAGUGUGAAUUUUUUGGCCAUUAUAUGUAUCGAAAUUGAAAAAACUUAUUUCUUUUUGAAAUAUAUCGCAUUGUAUGUUUCA